CGAAAUCAUCGACAAGCCAAGGGAGAUCAUCAAGACCAAUAGGGCGGCUGCACACGAGAAGUCGGCAUGGCAGCCAACCUAUGUGGAGAAGGGUAAGUUUGGUCCUCAUCCGCAGCAUGUCGCUGCAGUCCACACGGACAACAUUGUGGAGGACCCGACAAUCAACCCAAGCAUCACGUGAGGGAGAUCAGGUGGCUAUUGUCCAGCCAUGAAGCAACAACAAGUCCCAAGGAAACGGGAAGGCGAAAACCGCAUCGUCGGCUGGAAACGGACAACCAGCACCAUAAGUCAAGUUUCACUUGACAGAGGCAGAAUACAAGUGACGCGGCCGCUACGACUGCUGCUAUUGGUGCAACAACACCAAGCACAAGACCUCCCAAUUCCCGGAUCAAGGCAAGGAGGAUGUUCGGCCUCGCAUCAACUCGAGAAAGUGAGUUGCGCGGGAGGUGAGGCGACUCCACCUCUCACUCCGCCAGAUUCGACCGCCUUGCUAGCGGCCUCCUACACAUCUGAGGAGGAUGCGAAUGUCGCAAGUCCUCAGUUCACUUACGAGGAUUAUGCUGUCCACUUGGUCGCACCGUUGGACCAACCACUCCACGUGCAACAAUCCACCGCAUGCACGGUUUCACUACCAUCGGCAACUGAGUCGGCAGCUUCGCUGCCAUCUAUAGCCAGGGAUUCGACGACAUGGUCAAGACUUGAAGAGCUCGACCCGUUGACGUUUGCGGACUUUCAAUGGAUGCCCCUUCCCCUGUCCGGUCGAUUGCCGAAACCGCAUUGCAAUGUGCUCAUGGCACAAUUGCGGGAUUACUUGCACACUGCAGUACCAACUCCGUUGAUGGACGCCGGAGUAGAGGUUGUCGACCUUCACAAUCACAAUUACAUUGCGAAGAUCGACCGUGAGUUCAGGACACAACGUUGCAUCUACCGAAUGAGCGAGGAAGAGCUAAGUGUGCUACGGGCACAACUCGACGACCUUCUUGAGAAAGGCUGGAUUCGGCCUAGCUCCACGCCAUACGGUGCUCCCGUUCUCUUCGUCUGGAAGAAGAACAAGGAUCUGCGGUUGUGCAUCGAUUAUCGCAAGCUCAACGAGGAAACGGUUAAGAACGCCAUCCCUCUUCCACGCAUCGCCGACCUCCUCAAACGACUGGGCGGUGCCAAGUUCUUCUCCAAGCUAGACCUCAAAUCGGGAUAUCACCAACUCAAGAUCCGGCAGGAGGACCGCUACAAGACCGCGUUUAAGACGCGAUAUGGGCACUUUGAAUGGCUGGUUGUGUCGUUUGGCCUUACGAAUGCCCCAGCAUUUUUCCAAGUGGCUAUGACAACGGAGUUCCGACACAUGUUAGAUCGAUUCGUACUUAUCUACCUCGACGACAUUUUGGUGUACAGUCGGAGUUUGGACGAGCAUGUGGAGCACCUGCACACCGUUUUGGAGUGGCUACGACAAGCCAAGUACAAAGCCAACCGCAUUCAAAUGCUAAUUCGCACGGCACGAGCUGGAGUACUUGGGACAUUAUGUGACGCCGCAAGGCAUCCGUCCACUUGCGGACAAGAUCGAGGCCAUCCCCGAGCAGAUUUGAAAGCAUCCGCACCGCUGAUCUACGCUCAUUACGAGAAGCACAGGUUAGCUCAGGGAACGUCACGACCUGCCCCUCCCGCCCGGACUGUGGUCCCUCCCUCAGACAGCUUCGCCGUCGCAGGCCAUGUGAGCAGACCACGUCAGCAGGCCACGUCAGCAGGCCACGUCAGCAGACCACGUCAGCAGGCCAUGUCAGCCGACAGCAGUGCCACGUCAGCAGCAGGGAGUACCACGGCCCGGAUGCUGCUUCUGGUUACCGAAGCCAAGCAACGGUCGGAUGCAGUAACAGCCGCAGCAAAGAAGAAGGAAGAGGACACCGAGAAGGCACGUCUGUUGGCAAUCGAACAGCAGCGCCAGCAAGACGAGGCAGCAACAAAGGCUGCCGAUGAAGGAGUUCAACGACGCGAGAAGAUAUUCAGCAGAGAGCGAGCUUUGCUCACAAUGGCAGCGGAUUUGCGGGCUGAGGCCGAGAACGGAGAUGGCUAUGGCGGGAUCUUAGGACUAGCGGGAGGAGGGGCGGGACGAGCGGGAGGAGGAGCGGGAGGAGCGGGCGAAGCGGGCGGAGGGAUGGGAAAAGGAGCGGGAAAAGGAGGGGUGGGAGCAGGUGCGAGAGAAGGAGCGGGACGGGAAAUCCAAAGGGGCGGAGGGGCCGCGGGAGGAGGAGCUGGAGAAGGAGGGGCGGCGGGGGAAACGGGAACGGGGUUAGGAGCGGGAGAAGGAGCACGAGGAGAAACGGGAAGGGGCAUAGGAGGCGCGGGAGGAGCGGCGGUAGAAGGAGUGGGAGGGAGAGCGGGAGCGGAAACGGAGAGGGGGUUAACGAACGCGCGGGAGGCGGAGGACAUGGAGCAGAUAUAGGUCGAGGGGGAGGAGGAGGAGCAGAGGGAGGAGCAGCAGGAGAACGCCCGGGAGCAGGGCUAUGGCGGGAUCUUUGUCACGUUGUUUGGCGGAGGAGGAGUGGGAGGGGGAGGAGGAGGAGGAGGAGGAGUGGGAGGAGCGGGAAAAGGGGYGAGAGGAGGYGUGGGAGAAGGAGCGGGGAGCUGUCAUGUUUUUUUUUUAGUGUAUAGCGAAUAUGCCGCCGAMARAAAAAAAAAAUGAUAAAAAAAAACGAGCAAAAUCGGAAUGAAUGUUCUGCUAAAAC